UUGUCUCCAUGGGGACUGUGAGGAUGUCCCAGAUGUGCAUGCUGAGAUGGGUCAUCCUGCUGAUGGGGCUGCAGUCGGUACAAGCAGGCUUCUUGGGGGAUUAUGGGGAUGUUAUGAAGGAUCCUAUGGACUUUACAACCUGGCCGCCAACAACAACAACAGUGUUCCCAAUGACGACUGUGAUGGUAACAAAAGUUCAACCAAAUCCUGAUCAUCAGUCCACGAUCUGCAGCACAUGGGGAAAUUUCCACUUCAAGACCUUUGAUGGUCAAUUCUUUCAAGUGCCAGACACAUGCAACUAUGUUCUGACAGUGAUGUGUGACAUUACGGUUUCUGAUUUUAACAUCCAAAUGCAAAGAGAGACUGUGCAAAAAACAGUGGUACUUUAA